AUGGUAUAUAAGCCCGUAACUUAUAAGUAACAAAUCAGUUUACAAUUGGACAACAAGCCGAACUAUGAUGAAUCGUCGCCAACGUUUAGAAUUCGCCCUGACCUUUUUGCCUUACGAUCCCGAGACCGUUCAGCUGUCCGAGAAGCAAAAAAAAGUGGAGCAGAUCAUCGCUCGCCUCCGAACAGAUGACUCAUUCACCGAGGAGGAGAGCGAUGAUGGCAAGAUGCGGCGUCUCCAGGAAGCCAAUGAAUUCGCCAAUUGUGCCAUGCGCCAUAUCGAAAUGUCGGAUAAUGGCAAGCUGAGCACUCUGGAAACUCUGACUCUGGCUGCUGAGAAACUGCUGAGAUCACAGCGGUCGCCGGGUAAUGAGGAUAAGGCGGAGGAUAUGGAAGAAUUGGUGCAGGAUGUGGAGAACGAGCAGCUGAUGAGGAGUACCAUCCUGGCGGUAAAUGAGGCGCGGAUGAAGCUCAUCCAGCAGUGGGAGCGCAGCAAGCGCAAGGCCCUGGAUCUCCUCACCAUCGAGAUCGAGAAGGUGCAGGAAAUGGACCAGGAGCAGGAGCAGGAACAGGAGGCGGAGCAGGACAAGGAUCAGCAGCAGAGUUCGGAGGCCUUUGUCGUGUUCCGCGACGGAGCCGAUGAGCACAACACUUCCACGCCGAAAACCAACGACGAGGACCUCGGCUUGGAUGAUGAUGACGAGGAUUAUGUGCCAGGUGGCGAGGAACCGGCUGUUAAUAAGAGGAAGCGCAACAAGAAGCCGGUGACGUCCACCCCGAAUGCGAAGCGUCCGUGUCCGGGCUUCGAGUUCGACCAGGACAGCCAGUCGCCGAUGGUGAUGAUCGGUCCCAAUGGCACCGAAGUGUCCCGCGUCAGCCUCAGCGCCAUUAACUGGGACAUGACCGGUCCGUCGAUCACCCGGAAGCUACUCUGCGAGAUCUUUGACCGGGACACCUUGGCCCACCACACGCUCUCCGGAAAACCAUCGCCGGCCUUCAGGGACUGCGCCCGUCCCAGCAAGCAGCAGCUCGAUCCUCUCAAGGUCGCCGAUCUGGUGUACCUGAUGACCAACAGUCUGGACAUGACGCCCCGGGAAGUGCGCACCGCCAUUACCACGAAGUGUGCUGAUGAGAAUAAGAUGCUGCGGUCGCGAAUGCAGCGCAAAUCCAAGUAGAGCGAUUCCAAGGAAAACCGCUGAAUAUGUCCCUUACUCAAGGAAUUCAAAGAGGUUUCCUUGGACGAUCCUUUAAGAUUAAAAAUAAUUUCUUAAAUGGAAAUUUCCUAAUAAUUGUUUGGGAAUCAUCCUGAAUAAUCCCAAUACUUCUUCAUUAGUAUUUCCUUGGACAUAUUUACCGAUUCUAUAGUAAACUAAGACCCGGCACAGCCGAAAAUAGCCAGUGCUUUUAUAAACAAAUAAAUUUACCCAUUUUCUUACCCAAAA